UAGCAAAACCACAAGAAGUCAAAAGGUGUCUUGGCCUCUAAGAAAUAUAACACCGACGUUGCUUUUGUCCUUCUGCAGAGAUGAUGGCAAAGAAGGCCUAAAGUUCUACACGGAUCCAUCAUACUUUUUUGACCUAUGGAGGGAAAAGAUGCUGCAGGACACGGAGGACAAGAGGAAGGAGAGACGGAAGCAGAAGCUGGAAAUGCCAUAUCUUCUGUGUCCCAAGAGUCUUAAAAGAGUCCUCUCUGAAACCCCUCCUCCUUUCCUUACUCCCCCAGAGUUGCAGGACCCCCGCAUGUAUGAUCAGGUCUAUAGGUACUUAGACCUUCCAGGGCAGAUGAAGGCGAUUGACCGUCCACCCGAGCCAGAGAAGGUGCCGCGACAGCCUCACGAUCGAAAGAAAGAGUGGCAGAAGCUGGCACUGGGGGCAGAGCUCGCCCAGGACAUACCAGAGGACAAACACAGGGAGCCCAACGGGUCCACUGGUUACCACGACAGCAGAGCUGCCUUGUACGUGGAGCAGCUGGACGGGCCCUUCUCGCUGGGAGCGCUGCCCUACACGCAGAUGAACGAACUGCUGAACCGCACUGGAGACAGAAUGUAUUCCCGACCCCACGACCCUCCGCCACCGCCUCCUCCUGGGCACCCGCUGGGCGAAAUCAAACCACCCUCUGUGAUCAGCUCCAGUUCAGGUUUCUCAGACAGCAGACCUCAAUCUCCAGCAAGGACAGCAGGCCUCAACUCCAGCACUCCUCCACCGCCACCACCCCCUCUCCCACCUCCUCCUCCACCCCUGCCCUCAUCGGGCCUGCGAGGCACUGCUCCUCCUCCUAUUCCUCCUCUGCCAAUCCAGCAUCAGCCUCCAGCAAUCCCUCCUCCCCCUGCUCCGCUUCAGAUCGCGCCCGGGGUGCUCCACCCGGCCCCACCACCUGUCGCGCCUCCACUCCACUCCUUGUCUCCAGCCCGACUCCAGCAUGUCCACGAAAAGGGCCAAUACAGUGGCUCUGGGACCCAAUCAGAUGGUACCAUCUUACCCCCUCCCCCACCACCACCUCCACUCCCUCUUCCUGGAGUGCGAAGUUCAUCACCCUGUCCCUCAGGCCCGCCACCUGUGCCGGCUUUCCCCUCAGCAGGAGCCAUGGCUUCCCCACCUCCUCAUGCCAUGCAUGAUGUGGCUACCAAGAGGCACUAUUCAUCCAAUCUGCCACCAAUCAGCGACGCACGCAGCGUACUCUUGGAAGCAAUCAGGAAAGGCAUCCAGCUGCGAAAAGUGGAAGAGCAGCGAGAACAAGAGGCUAAGCAUGAGCGAGUCGGGAACGACGUGGCCACCAUCCUCUCACGGCGAAUUGCUGUGGAGUACUCUGACUCGGAGGAUGAGUCGGAGUUUGAUGAAGGGGAUUGGAUGGAAUGAUAGAGGGCAUUGGGGAAAAAAGAGAGCCUUUGAUGGUUGUUGAUAAAACGUGUUCAGGUGCCCCCGACCACUGACGCUCCUCUGCUCACCGUUCUAUAAGAGGGGCGUUUUGAUCACUCAUAUUUUCAGUCUUUUUGGUUUAUCUCAUCAUAUCUUUGUCUUGUUGUCGUUUAUGUUCAGUGGAAAGACUCCACUUUGCUGUCAUUGGUCUCAUUAUUGUUUCAAGAGUUUCUCUCCUUUUUUGGCCUUCAUUCAUUUCUGUGAUAUCCCUCUGCCUGGUUAAUCUUGUGAUGACCUUUAAGGGUUGAGGAAAACGACAUUUUGGAGAACCAUUUUGUUUUCUGUUGUUUAUCUGUUCAGUAAUGUUGGGAAAAAAUAGUGAAGGAAAAACAAAGGCAUGUUUCAUGCAUCAGUUUUCCAAUAUUAGUCAUCUGGUGGCUCAAUAUGGCAUUGAGUGAAUGCUGCUUUUGUUUUAGUAGCUUUUAUAGUCUUAAAACAUAAAUUGAUUUAUAAGGCCAGUAGUUUCUAAUACUGAGCACUACAUGAACAGCUUGAAAACCAGUUGGGUUGGGGUUUUUUAUUUUAUUUUCUGACAUUACUUCAGACAACUUUUUUCUGAGGAAGCAUUUGGCUGUUGUGACACUUUUGUGCAUAUCCAUCCAUUUAUCUUUAUUCCAGGGGAAAUGUAUGACAAGAGUUUGCAUCGUUUUCUGUCUGUCCAGGUUCUGCAAAGUAACUUCUGCCAUUUCUGAACUCUAAAAAAUGAAGUAGAACAUUUCUCACAACUCUGGGUUUUUAUAUCUCUACAAGUAUAUCAGAGUUCCUGCCUUUUUCAUUGUGUGGACCAUUAACUUUUACAAAAGGCAGCAUUUCUAUCAGAUCUUCUUCUCCCACUUACUGUGUACCUGUCCACCAAACCGCAGACUAUUUCUCUUUUGUACUUCAGAGAAAAAAAAUCUGCCUGUUAAUGAAUUUAUGAGGCGUAAAACAGAACAUUUUAUGCCUUUAUUUGGCUCAUUGCAAAGUAAAUAUCUGCCAUUGCUCAGUUAGAUUUGAUUUCUCUUUUUUUUGCCUUUUUCCAACUUGCCUUAUUGUUCGUAAAAAACGUAUUAUUGAGUUAAUGAAUGUAUUGUGCUGUUACUACUUACUUGCCUGCGCUUGUAUGGAUUUGCUGUUUCUAUGUUUUGGGGCACAAAAGGACAGAAAACCUGGUUCAAAGAAAAUUUGAAAAAGAUUAGAACUUUACUGUAUAUCAUAUAACUUAUGUAACUGUUGACUAUAACAGUUUGCUUGAAUUAAUAAAAAUCUAAUGUUAUGUUUGA